UGAAGAAUUUGCAUAAGUUCUUUGUUUAUUAUCCCACCCGAAUGUGGAACAAACUUGAAAGGCUUUUCCUUUUUAAGCCUUUGAUGAAGCGAUAAGCAACAUUAUAAACACUGCAGUCGUGUGACAGGUGCUCACUUCUGACCUACCGACGAGCAGUGUUUGGUCAGAGGAGGUGAUCUCAUACUGUGGAGUUUGUGAGCACUGAGAAUGAUGUUCGGAUGGGUCGGACCUCAUGACCACGGCGAUGGCUGAAGAUUUAUUGUUUAACAGAAGAGCAAACUUGUCUGCUUCAAGGAGCAAAUGGAGCAGAACGGAUGCAUCUGAGAUUGGAAAAUGUAACGAAGAUGCCAUAGAGCACUGGCUUACGUCAAUCAUUAAGGAAGAAACAAAACCAGACGUUGUCCUGGAGACGGCAGAACUCAGCGAUUCCAAAGAUGAUAACCUAGCAUUGGGAGUAGAAGCAUCUUUAUAUGGCAAACGCUCCAUUAGGACGGUACAGAGCUUUCUGAGGGCAUCUGAAGAUCUUCCUUCCCUGUCAAGGUGGAACAGCUUGGAAUCAGAUCUCUCGACUCAGUCUAAAGUCAGCGUUAUGGACGUGUUGGACAUGUUGCAGGAUGACCCUGAAGAAUUGCUUCUGGAUUUGGGAUUUGGCAUCGAUGAGCCUGAUAUCACUGGCAGAAUUCCGGCCAGAUUCCUCUGUUAUCAGUCCAACGCCCGCGGCAUCAGUUUCCAGCUUUUUCUGGAGGCUCAGCAAAGCCGAAUAGACGUCGAAAACCCAGAUGUCAGAAGUCGGUUCAGAGAGAUCGAGGUUCUCCAGCAGGUCACCGCAACCUUCACCAAUCUGGUUGGUGCUUCUUCCCAGGUUUUAGACACAUCUCCCAUCCAGGCGUCCAUGGAUGCACGAGAGAGGAGAAAGCGUGUGGCAUCGAUUCUGCGUAGAGCCGCCAAGAAGACCACAAGACAAGCCCAAAAAAUGCAGGACAAGCCCCCUACCUCAUCCUCGGCUCAGGCCGAACCAGAAUCAUCAAUAGAUAAAAGAAUCCCUUCAAAACGCAGCAAAGUGUCGGACGACAGCAGUCCCUUUCUAGACGAUCAGAGCAAAAAUUCAGAUGCAGCUACGCCUGUUGUAAGCGGCUCCACGGUGAGAGUAACAACAGAUCCCUUGAAAUUCAACGCUGUCCCAUCAUCCAUGGGAAAGGGGACGCAAGAGCCCAUGGGAUCCUUUGAGCUGGAGAAGAUCCGGAGCUCAGGUGUUCCUGGGAAUUCCAACGGCCCUGUGGAUCCUGGAGGUGGACGUCUGGACUCUAAUGUGAUAAGAACAAACUUUCAAUCUGACAGCAGCAGCUUUUUGGAGCAUCCGCCAAUCUCUCAGCACAACAUCACUGAAUCUGAGCUCAGGAAUAUAAGGAUGCUUAAUGGAAUUUCACAAGAAAAUACAACAAGCCGGCGUAGGCCCAGAAAACAAAAAGAGAACAUCGCCAGAGAACCACGGGAUUUUGAGCACACCGACUCCCCUAUCAGUAGUGUUCUGGGAACAGCAGACUCUGGAUCUAUUAACAACAUAAUACAGUCUCAUACUGUUCUGGGAACAGCAGAAUCCGACUCGGCCCAGAUGGGGAAAACACAGACUGAAAAGGAAAAUUCGCAUUAUUCGGAUCAGUUGCAAAAAAUGCUGACUAAAAAUGGAAAUUCAGAGUCUUCCUUACCAGAUGAUAGAAAAAUGAGCAGUGGCGUUACGCUAGCGUACUACGUACAAAUGGAUCCCGUGGUUUUUCCAACUGAACUCCGUGAUAGAUUUCAAAGCACCGAACGUGUUUAUAAGCAAAGUAUCUCCCUCUUUGAGGAGCUCCAAUCUGCUGAGACGAUCUCAAGCUUCUCUCCUACCGAACCUGAAACAGGUGACUUAGAAAGAAAGGUGUCCACCACUACAUUUCCUCAUGAGGACAUCGAACAAAUUCAGUACACAGAAACCUCAGUCUGUGACCAGAUAGGGGAAUCUCAGACCGCCACCGAAGAACAAAAUGUCAACACGGCUAUUGAGCGUAGUUCUCCCACCUCGCUCAAACUCAGAAGGGAAUCUUUCUCCAGGAGAUCCCGGUCUGAUGGUGGUAUGGACAAUGACUCUGGAAUGCAUUCACCUUUUACGUCUGUGGAGACUUCGUCACCGCACAUGUGGAACUCUAUGGAACGUUCUAGAGAUCUUGGAUAUUUCCGUACGCGGUCCAUGUCUCUGGACACAGGGUUGUCUCAUGAGGAAGAAGACCAGAGGUGGGAGUGUGCGCUGUUGGCCGGGACGCAGCGAUGCUUUUACUGUGGGUCUCUUAUUAAUGACAACAGAUGGCCGAAAAUUCAACGUGGGCUGUCGUCUGAUUUGCCUUACUCUCUGGAUGAGCUGGAAAACACGAUGAGGUGCAUGAGAAAGUUCCGAAAUGUACUGACAGAAAUCGAAGUGAGAGUGGAGGAAGAGCAGGCGUCUGUGCUUGGAUCUCUGUCAGAAUCCCACAGGGAAGAGCUGGAAGAUGUUUUGAGGCUACGGGCGGCUGUCAAACAGGAGGCCGGCGUGCUUGAACAGCAACUUUCUGAUAUAGUUGACAACUAUGAUGAUAGUAUAAAAAUGAAGCUUAAUCGACUCUUGGAUGAACAGUCUCAGCUGUGCUCUCAGUUACGGAUCGUCCCCGCCGAUACGCCCUGUACAGAACCCAAGGUGACCAGGAGCGUCGCCGUCCAGUGCUGUCUGCUUCCUGUGACGUCUGGCUUACAGAGAUGUUGCCAUCAUCACUGCACCUGUCACACACAUCACAAAACAUGGCAAGACCCUUACAGGUCACCCAAUCAAACCCAGUGGGAUUCUUACUACAAGCCGGAUCGGCUGGACUUUAUAGCGUUUAUGAAAAGUCUAAAAAAUUCAUUACAACUUUCUCUGAAAAGUACCUCGUUGGAACAGUGAGCAGCCAUGCAGAGUGAAGACCUGCUGAUUCCUGUCGAUCUUUGAAGUGUUACAAAGUGCUGACUCUCCAGUUCAGGACUAAAUAAGAAUGUAUAAAGACGUUUAAACUGUAAUCUCAACACACCCAGAUGAGUUUACUGUAUAUCUGGAGACGUAUAUGCAGAUCCAUCCCCUUCUGCCCACCCAGUAGCCUCAAUCUCUUCCUCUUUAUCUCUGUUUCUCUUCGUCUCUAAUGAACCAUUUCACCGUCACGCUGUUAUGUUGACCGUAUAAGGACACAGCCUCUCGACAGACCAGACAUGAAUGUUUCCCCCCCUUAUACGUCAUGACAGUCAGACCCAUUCCUGCUGCUUUCUGUCGGACUUUGAUCUGAUGGCCCUUCCAGUGUUGCUGAGAUGUUUCACCUUGUGGUUCAUGUGUGGCUCAAUCAAUAUGUCAAGAAAUGUUACUGUUGUGGAACCACCAUAGUAAAAGGCACCAUUUGCAAUAAAUGAAUUAGUAAUUUACA